AACUGAAACUGACUAACAGUUAAUGGGAAGAAAAACAAUUAAAGCUGAUUCACUUUACAGUUUAUUUGCACUUGUGAACGGAGGGCGUGAAAGAGAAGCAGCGAUCUGUCAUCGGAUGGAGGGAAGCCAGGCUGAGCGAACACACCUGCAGCCUGCAGAGGAGCAGAGAAAGAAAGGAAGACGGAGAGGAAGAAGGAGAGAUAACAGCAGAGCAAAAGAAGGAGGAGCAACAGAGCAAAGGGAAACACCGAGGCAGAGCUCACACAUCAGAUAGUGGCUUUAAGAGGACAAGAGCCACACAGAGGAAAGAAGAAGGAGGGGGGAAAAGACAUAAAGAGGAAAGUGAAAAAGAGUUGUUGCUCAGCUGGGAAUCCAUCCAACAGUGACUUCAGUUUGUGUCCAAGUUAGCGGACAAAGCAGCCUGACUGGGAGUCUACUGGGAGCUCAGACUGGUUUGUGCCACAGCGAGCAGGUUGCCAAGCACCAUGGCCGACAACGUGAACGAGGAGUCGGAUUAUAAUCCUGGGAAAGAUGAGCUGGACUGGGGCUACGAGGAAGGUGUAGAAUGGGGACUCCAUUUCCCAGCAGCCAAUGGAGAGUACCAGUCCCCCAUUAAUUUAAACUCCAGGGAGGCUCAGUACGACCCGUCGCUCCUGGACGUCGGUUUGUCUCCCAACUACGUGGUGUGUCGAGACUGCGAGGUCAUCAACGACGGACACACUGUUCGAAUCAUCCUCAAAUCCAAGUCAGUGGUUACCGGGGGUCCGCUGCCCAGCGACCACGAGUACGAGCUUCACGAGGUUCGGUUCCACUGGGGUAAAGAGAACCAGAGAGGAUCGGAGCACACCGUCAACUUCAAGGCUUUCCCAAUGGAGCUUCAUCUGAUUCACUGGAACAGCACUCUGUUCAACACACUGGAGGACGCUCUGGGCAAGAAGAAUGGAGUCCUCAUCAUAGCUCUGUUUGUACAGAUUGGUAAAGAGCAUCUGGGUCUGAAGGCCAUCACUGAAGUUCUCCAGGACCUGCAGUACAAGGGGAAGAGCAAGCUAAUCCCCUGCUUCAACCCCAACACUCUGUUACCUGACCCGUUACUGAGAGACUACUGGGUGUAUGAAGGAUCUCUGACUACGCCGCCUUGUAAUGAGAAUGUGACCUGGAUUCUGUACCGCUACCCGCUCACCAUCUCACAGCUACAGAUCGAGGAGUUUCGGAGGCUUCGGUCCCACAUUAAAGGGGCGGAGCUGCUAGAAGGGAAUGAUGGGAUGUUGGGGGACAACUUCCGUCCAACCCAACCGCUCAGUGACCGAACAGUUCGCGCCGCCUUCCAGUGACUCUCCCCUUCCACUGCCGUCUCAGAAGAACUGUGGGACCUACAGAUAUGAAUCUAGAAGGAGAGAAGAAAGAAGAGGUGUGAAGAGAGCAGAAGGAUGGAGGGGAAGUGGUUGUAGAUCAGCUGCAGACUGAAGGUGGACAAAGACGCUAUGGAUCUCACACCUUCACUGUGUGCUUUUACAUGUGUGUCUAUGUGUGUGUGUACUCUAUGUAAGUGGAACAUCCUCCCUGUAAGGUGUGUUCAUCUGAUGAGUGUGCGUGUUCUGAUUAGAUGAUAGGAGGCUUUACAAUCAGUUCAUCUCUGCUGUCAAAACAAGAGGAAGCCUGAACUGCAGCUUUACUCUGCUCCAUAAGUUCAACACCCAGUUUAUAAGCUACCAUUCUGUUUGUUUUGAAUCAGCUAAAUCGGAAGUCAACAUUAACCCUCCUGUUGUCCUCAUUGACAGGCACCAAAAAAUAUUGUUUCCUUGUCUGAAAAAAAUCCAAAAAUUCUGCAAAAAAAUUCCCCAAUUUUCUGAAAAUUUGCAAAACCUUCAGGAAGAAAAUUCCAAUAAUUCCUUAAAAAUUUCUCUUAAAAGUUUUAUUUAAAAAAAAAAAAAAUCCCCCAAAUUUGGCAAGCAAAUUCUUGUAAAUAUUUUCAAAAAAUGAGUAAAAAUCUUCCAAAAAAAUCCUAAAAUUAUCUAAAGUGAUUCCAUAUAUAUCAGUAAAACUUCUAUUUUCUUUAAGAACAUUCACAUAAAAAUCAACCAAAAUCCAGCAUAAUUUGCUGGAUUUUGGUUGAUUUUUUUUGGGAAUGUUCUUAACAAACAUUUUUAACAUUUCUUUUUUUCCACCAAAAAAUGUUCAGAAAUUUCCUAGAAGUUUCACUGUGAAAUUCUGUUUUUUUUCUCCACAUUUUAAACUUUAAAACGGGUCAAUUUUGACCCACAGGACGAUACAAGGGUUAAAGUGAUUUGGCUUUAUUUUGAAAAUAGCAUCCAGCUACAGGAAUCCUAGAUAAAUCCAGGGUGCUGCAGGUCCUGUACAGUCUCUAUAUUUUCAGUGAAAUUUGGACCAGACAAUGAAUCAGCUUUUUCUGGGCUGCAAAAGGUCAUAAAUCUCUGCUUUGCAAAAACUAUUUUAUCUUAAAAAUGCUUCAUUUUUAUUAAUUAAUUAUCAAAAGGCCAGAGACGGAUCAUUAAAGAUGGAUUUACUAUCACAAAGCAAGAAAUCAUCCGUUUGGAUGACUUAAAUCUGAAACUACAAAUCCAUUUCUGCUGGAUUUUUACAUUCACGCUGCAGAGAUCAGGCUGAGGUUUCGUCUUAACACCAUAGAUUUAAAAUUUAUUAUUAUUUUUGUAUAGUCAACAGGUCCUCCUUACAAACUAUAUUGUUGUUCAAACUGGGUGUAGACACAAGCUGAAAAUUUACAGUCUACAUGUUAAACAUUAAUUCUCCUUCCAGACCAACAAACUACUAUUUUUUUUUAUUUUUUAACAGCCAACUCACUGUUAUUCUCAUCUGUAUUCAUACUGUUUUCUCCACGUUCAAAGAAGGUAAUUCUGGACACUUUUCUCCUUCUCUGAAUAAAAAUGUCACAUGUACACAACAAUGAAUGUCUCCAGACAGAAUUAUCAGCAUUUCCACUGAACCUUCAAAUCCCACUAAUCAGCUGCUGUCACCACUUCACUCCCUUAGCAUUGUUUUAGAAAGCAGAGUGGACUUUUAUUUGUGCGACUGUGUGUGUAUACUGGAUGUUUAUGUAGUAUUUUAAAGGUACCAUGUGUGUCAAACUAAGCUGAUACAAACUGUGAGAACUGAUGACUGUUACUGUAAAGCAACAAUAAACUACAACACUGACUUAGUAAAAUA